UGUCAAAUUUUUGUAAACAACUUUUCCGUCGACUACAGCUUCCUUUUCUUGAGAAAAAUGAAAAUAUUUUUUGCACUAUGCGUUACAACGCUUUUUCUGUGCACCGUCAAGAGCCACCACAGUUGGUGGCAAUCUAUGUCACUCUAUCAAAUUUACCCCAGAAGCUUCAUGGAUAGUGACGGCGAUGGAAAUGGUGACCUAAGAGGCAUCAUUAAUAAAUUGGAUUAUUUAGCAGACUUAAAAGUCGAUGCUUUUUGGUUAACCCCUAUAUACAAGAGUCCGAUGGUGGACAAUGGAUACGAUGCAUCUAAUUUCACCGGAAUUAAUUACAUGUUUGGAACCAUGCAAGACUUUGAGAACCUCGUUAAGAGAGCUCAUGAUUAUUCAAUGAAAGUUCUCAUGGACUGUAUACCUACUUACAGCUCUGACCAACAUGAAUGGUUUCAAAAAAGCGUUGCGGGAGUUGAACCUUACACUGAUUAUUAUGUGUGGAAAGAAGGGCAAAAAGAUGACGGAAUUAUGCAACCACCUAAUAACUGGAGAAGUGUAUUUAAUGGAUCAGCGUGGACUUGGAAUGAUAAAAGACAAGACAUUUUACGGUUUUGGAUGAAGAAAGGAGUCGAUGGUUUUCGAAUAGACGCUACUCCAUAUUUGUUCGAAAAUCAAAAUCUAAAUUACGAAAUGAUGCAGCAGUGGGUAGAUGUUGUAGACGAAUACGCCAAAAAAGUUGAUCAGGUUUCCCGUGUACUGAUGGUCGAAGGCUAUGCCAAUAUUUCGACGAUUAUGAAGUAUUACUCAUCCGGCAUUAACUUUCCCUUCAAUUUUGGACUUAUGGACAUAAACAAUUCAUCGACGGCAACCGAUGUAAAGAAUAUUCUGGAUUCAUGGAUAUUGAAAAUGCCUAAUGGCGCAACUGCUAAUUGGGUAGUCGGCAACCAUGACAAUCCAAGAUUGGUGUCUCGGCUUGGCAUCCAUCGAGCGACGGCAGUCACAGCAUUGGCGCUCCUGCUUCCUGGAGUUGCUGUGACUUAUUAUGGUGAUGAAAUCGGAAUGCCUGAUGCACCUAUUGUCUCCAAAGCUCCAUCGAAAUUUAGAGAUCCAGAAAGGUCUCCAAUGCAAUGGAAUAACUCAACUUCAGCCGUAUUUAAAUUGAAAUUCUGCGUCAGGAUUAUUCGUGAUGGAUACUCGAAAUAUGUGGAAGACUGUUCGUAA